AUGGGGGAGAAAGUGGUGCUGCUUCGGGAGGCGUGUCGCGAAGGUGACGUUUUUCCUUUGAUUUGCCUCAACGCUCAUCACGCAUGGUGUCAAAUCCUUAAUGUAUCAGAGCUACAAGCUUCUUUCUUCGCCUAUUCUGGAAAAUACCCAAAUGAAACAAUGCUGAACGUGCCUACGCCCACAGGAAGCAAAUACAGUUUAUACGUAGGCGUGGCCUUGGCCAUAGGGUCCAGUAUCUUUGUUGGCUCCAGCUUUAUACUGAAAAAAAAGGGCCUUUUGCAAUUGGCUGAAAAAGGAUUCACUAGAGCAGGACAGGGUGGGUAUUCUUACCUGAAGGAAUGGCUAUGGUGGGCAGGACUGCUUUCAAUGGGAAUAGGAGAAGCAGCAAACUUUGCUGCCUAUGCGUUUGCACCAGCGACUUUGGUAACCCCAUUGGGUGCAUUAAGUGUUCUUAUAAGUGCAAUAUUGUCUUCCUACUUUUUGGAUGAAAAGCUCAAUAUUCAUGGGAAGCUGGGAUGCAUAUUAAGCAUUUUGGGUUCUACUGUGAUGGUAAUUCAUGCUCCUGAAGAGGAGCAAGUCUCAUCGUUGGAUGAAAUGGAAAUGAAGCUAAAAGAUCCAGUGUUCAUUGCAUUUGCCGCUGUAAUAAUUGUGAUCUCACUGGUGCUCAUUUUUAUUGUCGCUCCAAGGCUUGGCCAGACGAAUAUACUGGUAUACAUCUCCAUUUGUUCCGUGAUUGGUGCAUUCUCAGUCUCCGCUGUCAAGGGGCUGGGCAUUGCAAUUAAAGACAUGCUGUAUCAGAAGCCAGUCUUCCGACAUCCACUGUUUUAUAUUUUGGUGGUGAUCUUGGUGCUGUCCGUCAGCACUCAGAUCAACUACCUCAACAAGUCAUUAGAUGUGUUCAAUACGUCUCUAGUGACACCCAUUUAUUACGUCUGCUUCACAACCACGGUGGUGAUCUGCUCCGUCAUCCUCUUCAAGGAAUGGAAUAGCAUGGAGCUUGGCGAUAUGAUUGGGACCUUAAGUGGAUUCUUCACCAUAAUUAUUGGCAUUUUCUUUCUGCACGCUUUUAAAAACGUCAGCAUCAACUGGAGCCAGUUGGCAACUUCAGUUAAAAGAGAGCCUGUCUUGCCUCUCCAUGGUUAUGAGGCUCAUCAUACUUUAUUGGAGAACAUGGAGGCUCCAGCCUUGACGUGCGAUGAGGAUAAUACUCUGUUCAGUCGAGGAAGUGAGCAACAGGAUGGCCACCAUUAAGUCAUCCCUAACUGCCUGAACACUAACUUGGCUAAAAGCUUCAAAGAAACUUACAUCCACCACCCUGGGAUGGUCCUUGGUGGGAUAGUAAGCCGUCACUAGUGUCUGCUCAUAGAACAGAAAAGGA